GUCUCCCGUUUGACGAACGCACGUUUCCUUCGUUCAGUCCCCGUUACCCCGGGCAACAGCAGAGCGGUCUGGGAAGGAACGAGCCCGUAAGUGUACCUACAGAAGAAGUGACCUGACAGUCCACGGUAGACAAGUGAAUUCGUACUCUGGAACUGCAGGUUUUGUUUUCAGGCCCUUUAUUGAGACGCCUGAUCACUUACCUAGAAGAAAUAAUUUAGAGCUUCAAAACUCCCUCGCGCCGGAAGUUGCGCUUGGCACUUCCUAGUAGGGUCAUAGCCAGAAGGUGGGAGUCGUCGGCCCAGCCUGCGCCCCAGGGGUGCCUCCGCUCCCCAGGUUGAAUAGUGAGAGGAGAACACCACAGAAAACUAAUGAGAAAAUCUUGCAGGAGCAAAAGCACUGUAUCCAGCAGUUGUUAUAGAUGGCAGAAGUGAAGUCGAUGUUCCAUGAAGUCCUUCCAAAACAAGGGCAAUUGUCUGUGGAAGACGUAACUACAAUGGUGCUGUGUAAACCCAAGAUCUUACCCUUAAAAUCUCUGACUCUGGAAAAACUGGAGAAAAUGCAGCAAGCAGCACAGGAUACAAUCCGCCAACAAGAAAUGGCCGAAAAAGAAGACCGGCAAAUAGCCCACUGACUAGUACCACUUUAAGGGGACGCCCCAUCUUACCUGUUCAGGAACUAGAAACUAUUCUACAACUAUAGGCUGAAAAUACAUAAUCAAACUGGACAUUCAUAAUUUUAAAAAACAAACUUGGGAACUUAAACAUUGGUUUGUGUUAAAAAGAAAGCUUUGUAUCAAGUUAGGGGAUUUUGGAAAAGUUUUUAAAAUUAUAAAUUACCUUAUUUGCCAUACCUAUUGUUAUGAAUGUAAGGAAUUAAAUGCAUCUUUUAUGAAUGA